AUGCAAGAAGAAAUAUUCGAUUUCUUUCGUAAUCCAUUCGUCAUAUUUUCCUUGACGUUUAUGCUCACAUUCUGUGUGGUGAGUGGAUCUCAGCAACUUGGGGAUGCCGUAGAGCUCGAAUUCAACGCUUAUCGUCUUCAUCAAUAUGAAAUUAGUGGGAACAUUUAUGGAUCAAAAAAUUUUAAAGUGCUGUACGAAGCUGUUCAUUUGAAUUCUAGAGCGUUGCGGAAGUGUGCAAUCGCUUUGUGGAAUGAAAUCGCAACCGAAGAUUUAACUGAUCUCUGGGCGCUUUCAUCGGGUGCUGUCCUUAUUUUUAUUCCAGCCGAUCUAGAAAAGCUUGGUGAAAAGGAGAGAGAAGAUUUUCUCAAUUUCGAAAGCCGUCUCGCAAAAGUUAACACGCAAUUGGCCGUGUAUGUUGCCCCAAUGUCCAAAAAUGCGCAUUCCAUCAUCAGCGACGUUUCACGAAAAAAUAUGAAGUCAGGAACGGGUUUUGACCAAUUAAUAAGCUCAAUUACCGGAAACACUAUCCAGCUUACUUCAUCUGAUACCGAACCAGAGCUGCCAAAAAAUUACAAACCACAUAAUAUAGUUGCACGAUUAAGAAGUAGUGAGCGUGCAGCACCUACUAUUGCAUUUGUCGCUCAUUAUGACUCGUCUUCGGUUAUUCCUGCACUUUCACCUGGAUCCGACUCAAAUGGAAGUGGAAUUGUCGCUCUGUUGGAAUUAUUAGCAGUUCUGAGCAAAUUCUAUGAUAAACCAUCAACUCGUCCACCAUACAAUUUGUUAUUUAUCUGGACAGCAGCUGGUAAAUUGAACUACCAAGGGGCACGUCAUUGGAUUGAUGAAUAUCAAAGGGGAAAUGAGGAUGAAAAAUUGGAUUUGGCCAUUUGUAUUGAAGCAAUUGGAAGAAAAACAGAUGGUCUUCAAAUGCAUGUUUCGAAGAUUCCAAAGGAUGAAUCCGUGGCUGCAAAUAUCUUUAAGAGAAUCAAAUUAUUGACUCCUAAAAUGAACAUGGUCUCUAAAAAGAUCAGCCUUACUUCUGCUAACUCGUGGGAGCAUGAAAAGUUCAAUAUUAAACGAAUGCCAGCUGUAACCAUUUCUACACUUCCGAGCCCAACUGAUCCUUCAAGAAAUUCGAUUCUUGAUGAUCCAAAUAAAAUUGAUGAAGAAGAGUUGAUGAAUAAUAUUCGGGUUAUCGCGGAAUCAGUUCUUGGCUAUAUUCUAAACUUGCCAAUCGAUGGACCUUCGAGUGAUCCUCGUAUUACUUCCGAUAUCACUAUGUUAUCGAAAGAUGCCAUUGAUAAGCAAAGAGUUCACCACUUUAUCAGACAAUUCGCGUCUAAACCAAGACCAGUUUCGGACAAGGAAGCUACUGAGGCAACAAUUGCUAACAUUGCGGCUGCUGCUUCUGGAUAUGCUCAAGUGUCGACUUCCGCAGUUACUAUUACUGAUGCUCAAGCCUACGGAGUAUUAAAAAACAGACUUAUUGCUGAACGUGUAAAACCAGCUGUUUUCGAGCUUGUUAUCGCUUCUGGAGUUGUUGGAUAUCUUACAUUAUUUUACUAUAUUGCCCUUAACGCGCAGAGUACUCUGGAAGGAGCAAUUGGAACAAUUCGCAAGACAGUUUAUUUUAAAUAA